GGUCCUCUGGGAAGUGUUGUCGGGCAUCUAACGGAUCGGCGCUUGUGCUGCCCUCGGCCAUAGCUAGCACCGACCCCACCAGCGCCUUAUCGAAGCCCGCUCGGGCUGUCCCACUUGGGCGGCGUUCGGGUGUGGAGUUGAGGCGUGUGUCCUCGGCUCCGUGGUGAGUCCUUGGGACUCUUUGUGCUGGGUGGAAGUGCGGUCGUCGCCGAGGCGGACGACGUCUAUGCGGUGGUUUCCGAAGGCCGUGGGAGUGGCUCGUGAAGGACUGAGAGUCCGGCGUGAGAGUUCUUGUAUUAAGGAUCUAUUCAUUCAUAGACUCACCAUUUAUUGAAUGCUGUCUGUCUAACAGGCAUGAUUCUAGAUGUUUGGGAUUUAGCAGUAAACAAAAGACAACCCUCCUGCUAUAAUGGUACUUACAUUGUUGUGGGCCAGAUAAUAAACAAGGUCUGUCUCCUCAGACUUUAGCCCUUCCUAGAAAGAAGAAGAAAUGACUGAAUCCCAGGAAACAGUGACAUUCAAAGAUGUGGCUAUUGACUUCACUAAGGAGGAAUGGAAGCAAUUGGAUCCUGACCAAAGGAACCUGUACCGGAAUGUGAUGCUAGAAAACUAUAACAACUUAAUUACAGUGGGCUAUCCAUUCACCAAACCUGAUGUGAUUUUCAAACUGGAGCAAGAAGAAGACCCAUGGGUGGUAGAGGAAGAAGUAUUAAGGAGACACUGUCCAGUAUUGGAAAAAUUCACCAGUGAUAUUUAUUUGCAAUCAAUUAUAGGAGAAAUAUGGGGAAUUGAUGAACAUCAGAAAACCCAGGACAGAUUUUUGAAACAAUUUUUCAAGAAAACACUGACUGAAGAAGAAGUCAAUGAAUGUCACAAGAAAUUCACAAAUGCAUUUCCUCUGAAUUCAGAUUUUAUUCCUUCCAGAUAUAAUCUCUAUGAAUAUGAUUUGUUUCAAAACUAUUUAGAACAUAAUUUUGACUGUCAUAAUAAUGUGAAAUGCCUUAUAAGAAAGGAACAUUUUGAAUAUAAUGGAGCUGUGAGCUCAUAUGGCAAUAGCUCAUCCCCUCUUGUAGUAACCCCUUUUAAGUGUAAUCAUUGUGGAAGAGGUUUUAGUCAAACACUAGACCUUAUCAGACACCUAAGAAUUCAUUCUGGGGAGAAACUUUAUGAAUGUAACAAAUGUCAAAAAGCCUUCAGCCACAAGGAAAAACUCAUUAAACAUCAUAAAAUUCACAGUAGGGAACAGUCUUAUGAAUGUAAUGAAUGUGGGAAGACUUUUAUUAAAAUGUCAAAUCUUAUUAGACAUCAAAGAAUUCAUACCGGAGAGAAACCCUAUGCAUGUAACGAAUGUGGGAAAUCCUUCAGCCAGAAAUCAAAUCUCAUUGAUCAUGAAAAAAUCCAUACUGGAGAGAAACCUUAUGAAUGUAAUGAGUGUGGAAAAGCCUUCAGCCAGAAGCAAAGCCUCAUUGCACAUCAGAAAGUUCACACUGGAGAGAAACCUUAUGCUUGUAAUGAAUGUGGUAAAGCCUUUCCUCGAAUUGCAUCCCUUGCUCUUCAUAUGAGAAGUCACACAGGGGAAAAACCUUACAAAUGUGAUAAAUGUGGAAAAGCCUUCUCUCAGUUUUCCAUGCUUAUUAUACAUGUGAGAAUACAUACAGGUGAGAAACCUUAUGAAUGCAGUGAGUGCGGAAAAUCUUUCUCUCAAAGCUCAGCCCUUACUGUACAUAUGAGAAGUCACACUGGUGAGAAACCCUAUGAAUGUGAAGAAUGUAGGAAAGCCUUCAGCCACAAGAAAAACUUCAUUACACACCAGAAAAUUCAUACUAAAGAGAAACCUUAUGAAUGCAACGAAUGUGGGAAAGCUUUUAUUCAGAUGUCAAAUCUUGUUAGACACCAGAGAAUUCAUACUGGAGAAAAACCUUAUAUAUGUAAGGAAUGUGGCAAAGCUUUUAGCCAGAAAUCAAAUCUCAUUGCUCAUGAAAAAAUUCAUUCUGGAGAGAAACCCUAUGAAUGUAAUGAAUGUGGUAAAGCCUUCAGCCAAAAACAGAAUUUUAUCACUCAUCAGAAAGUUCAUACUGGGGAGAAACCUUAUGACUGUAAUAAAUGUGGUAAAGCCUUCUCUCAAAUUGCAUCCCUUACUCUUCAUUUGAGAAGUCACACAGGAGAAAAGCCUUAUGAAUGUGAUAAGUGUGGGAAAGCCUUCUCUCAGUGCUCACUGCUUAAUUUACAUAUGAGAAGUCAUACCGGUGAGAAGCCCUAUGUAUGUAAUGAAUGUGGAAAAGCCUUCUCUCAGAGAACUUCCCUUAUAGUGCAUAUGAGAGGUCAUACAGGUGAGAAACCCUAUGAAUGUAAUAAAUGUGGAAAAGCCUUCUCCCAGAGUUCCUCCCUCACUAUACAUAUACGAGGUCAUACAGGUGAGAAACCCUUUGACUGUACUAAAUGUGGAAAAGCCUUUUCUCAGAUUUCAUCUCUUACUCUUCAUAUGAGGAAACAUACAGGUGAAAAGCCCUAUAACUGUAUUGAGUGUGGCAAAGCUUUCAGCCAAAAGUCACACCUUGUUAGACACCAGAGAAUCCAUACUCAUCAGAAACAGUGUUUGUAGUGUGAGUAUGGAAAAGCCCUCAGAAGGAAUUAGCACCUCAUGGCACAUUACAUGAUUGGUUCUAGACCAGAAACCAGCGAAUGUGGGAAAGCCUUGUGAAGACGUUCACAGAUUUAUAAAACAUUAGAGAAUUAUUACCAGGUGAACAGUUUUAUGAAAAUGCUAUGAAAAAUCUUCAGCAGACACCUUACUCAUUGGUGGUAUUUAAUUAAUAUUCUCAAUUCUGAAAGAAGAUACCUACUAUUUGCAUAUCAACAUACUACUCAAGCUCCCAUCUAAUACAUUAAACAAGAAAAAAGAAGAUUGGGAAAAGAAUGAUAAAAUAGCCUUUUAUGUAAGAAAUAGCUAAUUACACAUGUGCUGAAAGAAAAUAUGUAAGAAUACAACAAUGAAUUAUGAGACAUUUAUAUCUAUAAAGACAUAGAUAUGUUGAAGGGCCCAAAAGAACACUUGUAAAAUUGAGAGAAAUGUAAUUAUUUCUGAAAAGACUUGACAUUGUAAAAACAUGUUCUCUCCAAAAUCUCUAAUGUACUUCCACUCAAAAUUUAUACCAGUUAGUUAUACUUGAGUUUCACAAACUGCUUUAAAAUAUAUGAGAAGUUAAAGGGCCUCAAAUAGCUGAAACAAAUUUGACAAAGCAAAACAACUAGGGAAGAUACACUGUUAUCAUUACAUACUUCAUUUAGAGCUGUUGUCAUUUAAACUCUGUCAUUCAGUGACUAUAAUCAGUGGAAACAAAUUGAAGAUUGAUAGAACAAUCCAAGAUACGGGAAUUUUGUGUAUGAUAAUGCUAUUGAAAUCACUGGGGUAAAAAUGGGCUACUAAGUGGAAGAUUUAUAUGAGCAAAAAACUUUGCUCUCUACCUUAUACUGUAUACAAAAAUAAAACCCAAAUAGUUUGAAGACCAGAAUAUAAAAUUAAAAUUCCAAAACUCUGAUGAAAAUAAAUUAUAUUACUUCAGAGUAACAGGAUUUCUUUAAAAACAAGAGACAAUCAGUUCUGUUUUGGUGUAUUGGCCUCAAAAGUACCUACAUGUAUGCACAAACAUAUGCCUAUCACUAUGUUCACUGUAUUAUGGCUUUUAUUGGACUAAAUUGGAAUAUAACAUAACUUUUUAGUAAUAGAGGGAUAGAUCAAUACCAUAUGUUUAUAUCUACAAUAGAAAACUAUACAGUAUUUAGAAAGAAAAUACAAAAUUCACAUAUAGUUACAUGGAUUGAUAUAUUGAGAGAAAAAAAGCAAAAUUCACAAUGAAACAUUUAAUAGAACAGUGAACAACAGCACUUAUAUAUCAUAUUGGUUGCCUUUGAAGAUAUGGAAAGGUUUGGUGUGAACUGUUACAUUGGUCUGUAAUAUUUCAUAAUAAAAGAAUGAAAUCAAA